UGUUAUAAAAGGGGCUACAGAGACAAGCACUCAUUCACUGACUAGUCAAAGGUGUAGGGAGAGGUUCAGUCUUUGCUCCAGUGUCCCAUCCCUGUGCCAGUACCCGCUGCUUUCCCUCUCCUCAAUACAAGGGGGACUCCUCGGGCUUGUGGGUUUCUUGAGUGAGCGGUGAAGAGUGGCGGGGGGGAGCUGGUGCCUGGAAGAUGCGCCACUCCACGCUCGGGGUCUUCUUGCUGAUCGUGUGCCUGGGUGCAGCCAGCGGCCAGAAUAUCUACGAUGGAAAUCAAAAUUAUUGCUCAGACAAUGGGAAGGUUUACCAUGUCAACCAGCAAUGGGAGCGUACUUAUCUGGGCCGUAUCAUGAUCUGUACCUGUUAUGGGGCAGGUCGAGGCUGGAGUUGUGAAUCGAAGCCUGAUGUUGAAGAGAUGUGCUACGACCAGUACACUGCGAACAGGCACCGUGUCGGGGAUACUUGGGAACGCCCCAAGGAUGGCAUGAUUUGGGACUGUACCUGUAUUGGAGCUGGCAGAGGAAGGAUCAGCUGUACCAUUGCAAAUCGCUGCCAUGAAGGUGGUCAGUCCUAUAAGAUUGGUGAUACCUGGCGGAGACCGCAUGAGACAGGUGGUCAUAUGUUGGAGUGUAUUUGCCUUGGUAAUGGGAAAGGAGAAUGGACCUGCAAGCCAAUAGCGGAAAGAUGUUACGACAAUGUCGCAGGGACGAGCCAUGUUGUUGGAGACACCUGGGAAAGGCCAUACCAAGGCUGGAUGAUGAUGGAGUGCACUUGUCUGGGAGAAGGCAGCGGACGCAUCACAUGCAGCUCACGGAAUCGGUGCAAUGACCAGGAUACCCGGAUGUCCUAUAGAAUUGGAGACACCUGGACAAAGAAGGACACUCGAGGAAACUUACUUUACUGUUCUUGUAAAGGCAAAGGACGUGGAGAGUGGGAAUGUGAACACCAUGCCACUGUGACAUUGGGUUCUGAAGUUUCCUCUCAACCACAGGCGAAAAUCCAGCCUGCAGUUUACCAAACACAACAGUGUGUUAGUGAUGGUGGCACCUUUUACACUGAAGGAAUGCAGUGGUUCAAGAAGCAAGCGGACAAACGGAUGAUGUGCACCUGUCUGGGUAAUGGUGUGAGCUGCCGCGAUUUGCCAUCUCAGUCAUACGGAGGGAAUUCCAAUGGGCAGCCAUGCAAGUUCCCAUUCACAUUCAUGGGCAAGACUUACAAAUCCUGCACUAGUGAUGGACGAAAUGAUGGCGCACUUUGGUGCAGUACAACCAACAAUUUUGACAAGGAUCGCUCUUACUCUUUCUGCAACCAGCAUGCUUUCGAUUAUCUCCAGAGCCUGGGAGGGAACUCCAAUGGUGCAUUGUGUCACUUCCCAUACCUGUACAACAUGAGAAACUACACCGAGUGCACAUCCGAUGGAAGACGGGACAACAUGAAGUGGUGUGGAACAACUCCUAACUAUGAUGCCGAUGGGAGAUUUGGCUUCUGUCCAAUGGCAGAAAGUGAAGAGGUUUGCACCAAUUCGGAAGGGGUUAUGUAUCAUGUUGGAGACCAGUGGGACAAACGCCACGAGCUUGGCCACAUGAUGAGGUGCACUUGUAAUGGGAAUGGCCGCGGUGAAUGGACUUGCGUUGCCCAUGCUCAACUUCGAGAUCACUGUGUGGUGGAUGGAAUAACAUAUGACGUGCACCAAACCUUCUACAAACGGCACGAUGAGGGUCACCAGAUGAACUGCACCUGCUAUGGGCAAGGCCGAGGUCGAUGGAAAUGUGAUGCCCUUGAUCAGUGCCAGGACACUGACAGUGGGCAGUUUUACCAGAUCGGUGACUCGUUUCUGAAGCAGAUCAAUGGAAUCCAGUACGUGUGUCACUGCUAUGGCCGGGGAAUUGGGGAAUGGACCUGUCAGACCCAGCAGCAAGGACCAGGAUCUGGAUCUGUGCAAGUGCUGGUCACAGAGACAAGCAACCUGACAGACUCUCAUCCCAUUGUGUGGAACAAGCCACAAUCCUUCCACAUCCUACAGUACAUCCUGAGAUGGAAGCCUAAAAACUCAAGGGAGCAAUGGAGGGAGGCGGUAAUUCCUGGCCACAUGUUAUCUUACACCAUCAGAGACCUGAGACCAAACAUCACCUAUGAAGCCCAGCUCAUCAGCAAGCUGAAGCCGGACCGGAGAACCACCACCAAAUUUGAAUUCACAACCUCCCAUUUGCCUUUGCUCCCGACUAAUGGCGUGUCAGUGCAUAUUCCUGACAAAGACAGAAUCACGGAGUCCAUGGUGACAGAAUCGAUCAAGGAGGUCACCUCCAGCAGCUUUGUUGUGUCCUGGGUGUCUGCCUCCGACAUGGUGUCUGGAUUCAGGAUCAAGUAUGAGCUUAGCGAAGAUAAUGCUCAGCCUCAGUACCUUGAUGUCCCAAGCACAGCCACAUCUGUUUCCAUUCCGAACUUGCUGCCUGGCCGCAAAUACAUUGUGAAUGUUUACGAAAUUACAGACAAAGGAGAAAAACUAAUUCUAACAAAGGCGCCCAUGACAGCACCUGAUAGCCCUACCAAACAAAUUGUGGACCAUGUCAAUGAUACCUCCAUGACCAUUGAAUGGACCAGGCCUCAGGCUCCCAUCACAGGUUACCGUGUGGUAUAUACACCGUCUCUGGAAGGCGCCAGCACUGAGAUCAUCCUCCCCAGUACUUCGACCACCCUCACCCUGACCGACCUGCAACCUGGCGUCCAGUACAACAUCAGCAUCUACUCCGUGGAAGAGAAUCAUGAGAGCGUCCCACUGGUCAUCCAGCAGGGUACCACCGGCAGCCCGCGUCCAGUUGUGUUGGAGUCUCCCAGCAACCUUCACUUUACCGAUGUUACCGAGACCAAGAUUAUCGUCAUGUGGAACCCGCCUCACUCCGAGAUCACUGGCUAUCGCAUCACCAUUCUCCCAAUCAGCAUCCCUGGCAAGCAGCCCACCAAGCUGCCCGCCUUCAGCGCUAACUAUAUCGAGUUAAGCAAUCUCCGUCCUGGGACCACCUAUCGCUUCUACGUGUAUGCUAUGAACCGUGAGGCUGAGAGCACCCCUCUGAUCGGGGAACACACCACCAAGAUGGAUGCUCCAACCAACUUCAAGUUGGGAGAAAUCACAGACACCUCGGCAGUGGUGACCUGGACACCGCCUCGAUCCAGAGUUACCAAUUACCUCCUGACCUGGGGCCCGACGACUGAGGUGCAACCCAAAAGCCAUGAGCUCAGCCCGGACACUCGCCACUAUCGUCUGCCCAGUCUGCUGCCCGGGACCGAGUAUGUUGUCGCUAUCAUUGCAAAGCAAAACAACUUGACAAGCCCGAAGGUCCAUGAAGUUUUCACAACUCAGGAGAGUGUGGGCCCAAUACCGAACUUUAACACAGAGGUGACUGAGACAGCUAUCAUAAUCACGUGGACACCCAUGCCCAAGACAUCAUUCAAGGUCACUGUCCGGCCCAGCCAAGGUGGAGAAACCCCUCGAGAAAUAACCAGUAACUCUGGGAACAUCACCUUCUCCAGCCUGACCCCUGGCACAGAGUACGCCAUUUCUAUUACACUGCUGGUGAAUGACAAGGAACGACACAGUCCCAUCACUAAGACCAUUAUCACCGAACUCUCCCCACCCACCAACAUAGAAAUCCAUUCCAAUCCUGCCACCGGUGAACCGACGGUGAUUUGGAAAGAGGGACCAACACCAGGUAUCACUGGCUACCGAGUGACCUCUGUCCCGAGAAAGGGCCAAGGGGGCAGCGUGAUGGAGGAAUUUGUUGAACCUGGACAGAAUUCCUGGACCCCGGAGAAGCUGAGUCCUGGCGUCGAAUACGAUGUCAACAUUUACACCAUCAAGAAUGGCAAGGAAAGCCUUCCAGUAACUAUGGUGAUAAUCCAAGAAAUCCCCCAACUCACUGAUCUCACCUUCGUUGACGUAAGCGACACGACCAUCGGCCUGAGAUGGACGCCGCUUAACUAUUCGGCCAUUACUGGCUACCGCAUCACAGUCAUAGCGGCGGGGGAGUCCGUUCCCAUUUUCGAAGACUUUGUCAGCUCAUCGACGGGAUACUAUACUGUGCAAGGCCUGGAGCCCGGGAUAGAUUACGACAUCAGUGUUAUCACCCUGAUAGAGGGUGGCGAGAGUAUUGCGACCACUCGAAAGCAGCAAACCGCGGUCCCGCCUCCCACUAGACUGCGCUUCAACAAUAUCGGAGAGGACACCAUGAGGAUCAGCUGGUCCCCACCCACCUCUGUCGAUCUCAGCAACUUCCUUGUGCGCUACAGCCCAGUGAGAGAUGAGGAGGGCACCACCAAUCUCACCAUCGCACCUUCCAGCAGCAUGGUCCUACUGACAAAGCUCCAGCCUGGUACAGAAUACCAGGUGAGGGUGUACUCUGUGAUCGAUGAGAGGGAGAGCACUCCGCUAGUUGGAAGACAACGAACAGGCAUCGACACACCAACUGGCAUCGACUUCUCUGGUAUAACGGCGACCUCUUUCACCGUGCACUGGCUGCCCAGCAAAGCCGUGGUCACCGGAUACAGGGUGCGACAUCACCUCACUAAUGGGGCCAAUCCUAGGGAAGAGCGGGUGCCGUCCUCACGCACCUCUCUCCAGCUGACCAACCUGGUGCCCGCCUCGGAGUACAUCAUCAGCAUCUCCGCAUUCAACGGCAGACGGGAGAGCUUGCCCCUGGUUGGCCAGCAGUCCACAUUCUCGGAUUCCCCGACGGAUCUGGAGUUCACCCGGUCCACUCCCACGAGCCUGAACGUCAGGUGGAAACCACCGCCUGUGACUGUUAAAUUUUACCGCAUCGCAUACGGAAAGUCAGGAGGCCGCAGCCCGGUGAAGGAGAUAACCGUUCCAGGUGGUGAGUCCACCGCCACCAUACCCAACCUGCAUCCAGGCACCGAAUACACCGUAACCGUGUAUGCUGUCACUGGCCGGGGAGACAGCCCGGCAACCAGCAAGCCAGUUGUGGCUUCUGAGAAGACAGAGAUUGACACUCCGACUUUGCUGAAGGUGAAAGAAGCGAAUGACAACAGCCUGACCAUUAGCUGGCAACCUUCCAUUGCCCCGGUGACCGGUUACAGGGUCACCAGUACCCCGAAGAGCGGCAUGGGUCCAGUUAUAACUCGCUUCGUCCCGGCAGGUCAAACUCAACUGACCAUCAACGGCUUGGAGCCAACAAUCGAGUACAUGGUCAGUGUGUACGCCCAAGGAGAGCACGAAGAGAGUGCAGCGCUCACCGAAACAGCAGUCACAUCCAUCGACCACCCAACGGGGCUGACAUUCACGGACGUCGAGGUAGAUUCCAUCCGGCUGGCGUGGCAGAGGCCUGAGGGGCAGGUCACCGCAUACAGAGUGAUCUACUACAGCCCCGAGGAUGGGGCCCAUGAGCUCAGGCCCAGCCCAAACUCGGACGACGAUUCUGCCGAGCUGAUCGGCUUGCGGCCAGGAACAGAGUACACAGUGAAGGUGUACGCCCUGUACGAUGACCAGGAGAGCCCCCCUUUGAUAGGCACAAAGAGCACAGCCGUGGCACCCCCGAGUGAUCUGGAAUUCGUUCAAGUGACUCCAACAAGCAUGACCAUUAGCUGGCAUGCACCUGAUGCUAAGCUGACUGGCUACCGUGUGCUAGUGAAACCGAGGGAGAAGGAAGGCCCGAGCAAGGAGCUGAGUCUGGGCCCAGAGAACACCAGCGCCACAGUCUCUGGUCUCAUGGUUGCAACGAAAUACAACAUCUUUGUGUACGCCAUCAAGAACACCUUGAUCAGUAAGCCCCUGCAAGGCAUCAAAGCCACAUUGGACAAUGUCAGCUCGCCCAAGAAAAUCCGCAUCAGUGGGGUGACAGAAACCAGCAUCACGCUGCAGUGGCGCACCAAGCCUGAGCCCAUCUCCGGAUUCCAGAUUGAUGCUGUUCCUUCGGGCACCAGCGGGACGAUCCAGAGGACAGUGGGGCCUGAUCAUCGGACAUUUACCCUCACAGGCCUUCUGCCAGGCACCGAGUACAACAUCCACAUCUAUACCCUGAGCGGUGAUUCUCGCAGUCCGCCCGCCUUAGUCACAGCUCGAACCGCUAUCGAUUCUCCGUCAAACCUUCGAUUCAUCUCCACGACCCCCAACACCAUCAUUUUCACAUGGCAACGACCUAUCUCCCAGAUCACCGGCUACAUCAUCACCUACCAAGCCAGGGGGGGGCAGCUGGAGGAGCUCGAGCCACAGCCAACAGCCGAAGUCCAAGAAGCAAUGAUCACAGGACUAAUCCCUGGAACUGAGUAUAUCAUCUCCAUUAAAGCUGUUCAUGACUCUCUACAGAGUGAGCCAUUGAGCGGCAAGAAAACCACAGGGUGGGAAAUUGGCCAGAAGCCAGUGGUUGACCACGACAGAAGGCCUGGGGGCACUGGUGUGCAUCCCCCCAUCAGCAAACCGGACAAAAUUGACGUCGGCAGUGGAGGACCUCACAUCCACUCACAUGGAACGGAGGCAUUCGAAGGAGAUCUCCCCAAUGGACAUGGACACACAGGGCAACCUGAUACCGUUCUGUCUGGUGAGGUACGACAGCCCAAGACCAUCGUCUCCUGGAAACCAACCACCUUAGCCUUGGAGUACCUGGUCACAUGUCAUCCCGUGGGUCAGGAGAAUAAAGCCUUCCAGCUCCGGGUACCAGGCACCUCAACAUAUGCUGUGCUGCCCAACCUUGUGGCAGGGGGACAGUACAACAUCCUCGUCGAAGCUCUGGAUGGGAAAGGGAAGCGGAAAGUUCUUCAGGACGUCAUCACUGUCGGACAUUCGUCUCCUGAAAGCUCAACCAUCAUCUCUGACGGGUCCUGCUUCGACACCACCACAAAUUCCCAUUACGCCAUCGGUCAGGAAUGGGAACGAAUGUCUGAUAGUGGCUACAAACUGUGGUGUAAAUGUGUAGGCUAUGGAAGUGGUCAUUUCAAGUGUGAAUCAUCUAAGUGGUGCCACGAUAAUGGCAUGAACUACAGGAUUGGCGAGAAAUGGGACCGCCGCAGUGAGACCGGCCAAAUGCUCCGCUGUACCUGUGUAGGCAACGGAAAGGGGGAAUUUAAAUGUGAACCGCAUGAAGACACUUGCUACGAUGAAGGGAAUGUGUAUAAUGUGGGUGAGCAGUGGCAGAAGGAGUACCUUGGUGCCAUCUGUACAUGCAGUUGCUUAGGAGGACAACAGGGUUGGCGCUGCAGCAACUGCCACAAGCCUGACCCCGUACAGGGUGGAACCAGUUCUCGCUUGCCUGAGUCUUCCAGCCACAUGCCCACACACAUGCUGGUGAAAUAUGGAUCAAAAUACAUUUCCUGCCCGAUGGAAUGCCUGGCCCCAGGGGAUUUGCUGGCUGACUCCCACAAGGUGGAGUAGGGCAGCAGACAGCAAGGGCAGAACUGCAGGCGACGGAUUCUUGGAAAAGCUAUGGGAGCUCCUGAGAUCGUAUGUGUUUAGCACCUGACUACCUUCUGCCAACUUCAGUACCACUCACACCCUCUCUGCUUCCUCCACCCUUCACAUCACGGCCUCACCCGCACAGAGAGCGUCUGUCACGGCAAGCCGAAGGCAACCACAGACUUUUCCCAUUACGAAAACAAAACCUUGGUUUGGCCUUGAACCGGACACCAGGUGCUGAACAUAGCCAAUUGGAAACACCUCAUCCACCACCACGAGACCAAACGCCUUCCCCUUGACCUGAUCACAGCCUAUUCAGUAAAGGAUGAAAUGAAUGACACCGCUACUUAAUUCAUAAAAAGCACAUCUUUCUACUCUACAAAAAUGCUGCAGGACCCUUGGCAAGUGUCUAAUAGUCAUAAUGUUGUAAUUGUUUAACUCUAACGAGCUGUUAUUUAUCAAAACCUUGCCCUCCCCCCACCACCCCCAAUGCAGUGUUUAUUCUAUCUUAAACCUUUUAGACUGUUAACAUGAGGAUUGGCGCCAACCAAGGCAAUAUUUUCGUUUUGUUGGUGUAUUUAGCGUGAUCGGUGACUGCUUAUAGACGCCGGUGUUUUUUUCUAAUCACAGGCAGAAAUUCCUCGUUCGAAAUAAAACUGUUAAACCAAAAA